AUGACACAUUUGAAGUACCUAUUGCUAGUAUCAAGGCAGGGAAAGAUUAGAUUAACCAAGUGGUAUGCACCACUAUCACCCAAAGAGAAGGCCAAAAUAAUAAAAAACUUGGUUCCUUUGAUUCUUUCAAGAAAAGCUAAGAUGUGUAAUAUUCUAGAAUAUUCCGAUCAUAAAGUGGCUUAUAGGAGGUAUGCAAGUUUAUAUUUCAUAUGUGGUAUAACACCAGAUGUGGAUAACGAAUUGUUAACUUUGGAAAUUAUUCAUAAGUAUGUGGAAACAAUGGAUCAAUAUUUUGGAAACGUUUGUGAAUUAGAUAUUAUAUACAAUUUUACUAAAGCAUACGAUAUUUUAAAUGAAAUGAUUAUGUGUGAUGGAUCGUUAGCCGAAACAAGUAAAACCGUGGUAUUGAAAGAUGUACGUACAAUGGACUCAAUGGUAGGUACAGAUGAUUUGAAUAGAGUAUUGAGUUGA